AUGGGAAAGAGAGGCCUGGAAACCAUCUCUGGAGGUAACAGCCCCAAUGACGUAUCUUCAGAAACUUCGGAAAAUAUCAAAUUGACUGAUUUAAUCGCACUGGAUUAUGCCAUGGUCAGCAUUCAGAAGCAUCUGAAAACUAUUUUGGAGGUCUGCCCAGGGUUGAUUGAUCCUAAAGCAGUCAGGGAAGCUAGCACUGGUACUUCAGGUCAAGCAGUUGAGAUCCAAAAUCUGCUAGGCCAGAAAAGAAUUCAACUUGCCAAGAAAAUCAAGCUUGAAGACUGCAAUAAUAAACUUCCACGACUAUUUUACGACUUAGUUUCAGAAUCCUCUCACGACUCAGAUCCUGCCUCAAGACCUAACAUACCUGACUUUGAUAUUGAGCCAUAUACCUACAAACGUGCGAAACUUGCCAAGAAGGAAAAGAAAUUGAAGGAGGUGGAAGAUGGUAAUGAUGAGGCUCCAGUUUCUGCUAAGAAAGUCUGGCCGCCUUCGCUUCCUGAAAUAGUCGACAAAGGUCUUGAGAACCAAGUAUUUACUCAUAAGUCUGCUGUUGAUAGAAGUUACCUCAGUCCUGCCGAGAUCCUCGGGGUUCAUAACGAACGACUGGAGUUCAUGGGUGAUGCUGUACUAAAUUUCGUAGCUAGUAAUCUUGUAUAUGAGGUUUUUCCUGAUGCAAGUGAAGGUGUACUUACAACGAUGCGUGUGAUGCUGGUAAAGAAUGAUACUAUUGGUGAAUGGGCUACCAUGUAUGGGCUUGAUAAAAAGCUUAAAACCGACAAGGGCAAAAAUGAACCAACCAACUCCAAGGUCAUAGCUGAUACUUUUGAGGCGUAUAUUGCUGGUGUCUAUCUUGAUCCUCAACUUGGUCCCAAAGUUGUCAACCAAUGGCUUAGUGACCUCUUCCGACCUAGUCUUUCGAGGGCGAGCAAAGAUAGAAAUGCAGCAGAGCCAAUUGACAAGGAUGCCAAGAAUUUGUUGUACGUACAAAUUGGAAGUCAUGAUAUGAAUCCCGAGUACGUGCCUGUUCUUGAACGCGGCCAUGGAAAUGAACGUGAAUACACUGUUGAGUGCAGGAUUAAUAACGAGGUUAUUGGUGUAGGCACAGGUAAAAGCAUUCGAAGUGCUGGACUUCUUGCUGCUAUGAUGGCUUUAAAAAAUUCACCUGCAAUAGAGAAAUAUUCUGAGAUAAGGCGCCAGUCUCCGAGAACUGUUGCUCCUAUCGGCGGAAAGAAAAAUAAACCGCAAUUGCCAGACGCAGAGUUGUCCAGUCCAGAUACUAUAUCAGAUACUGGUUUAACAGAUGAGUUUUCUGAUUUAUCGGCUUCCUAUUCCGAAGUUCCAGGCCAAGCGAACAGUAAAAAAGCAGAACUUUACGCUAAGAUCUCUUCUGCAAAAUGGAAACCUAUUUACACCACGACGGUAUCUGGGUCUGAGUUCUACUCCAAAGUGGUCAUGGGAAGUGAUCUGAUGGGGGAAGGCAGGGGAAGUAACAAGAAGCUAGCUGAGCAAGCUGCUGCAGCGAAUGCACUGGCAAAUAAAUCAUUAAUGAAGAAAUGGACCGAGAAGAAACAUAUGGGAUAA